UCUCUCUCUCUCUCUCUUCUCCUUCUUCUCUCACUAACCAAAUGGAUCCUAGCAUAGCUGCGACCUCCGUGUUCCGAUGGUCUCGGGGUCGCCGGAAGAUUCAUAUCCGCCGUCGAAAGUCUCAGGUAGUGCGUCUUGGCGGGAAUAACAACGUGGUACCACGUGGCGGAUUCUCGUUGAAGAAGAUGGUGAGGAAGAUGAAGCUGAGAUGGUUGAGACUACACUACGUGAGACUGGUGAAGAAGAUCAACGGGUUUUAUCGUAAUUUGGUGAAAGAGUUCUUAGACGCAGGAGCUGAGAUUGAAGCGAUUCAGAAGCGAAUGGCAGUUGAAGCAGCUUCGUUUGCGGUUCCGGGUUUCGGUCUAUCUUUCGCCUCUAUGUCAGUUCAUGACCGAGCAAGGCAUUUACUUGUAUAG